AUGGCGAGCAAGGUGAACCUGCGGGAAGCCAAGGACGACAUGGGGAGGAACACGCUUCACUUGGCCGCAGAGAAGGGUCACCUAGAGGUCUGCAGGUUCCUGGUGGAGGAAUCUGGGUUCGAUGUUGACUCCGUCUCUGCGGAAGGCCGGCGGCCGGUCCAUGGGGCUGCUGCCGGGGGAAGCGAGAGCGUCCUGAGGUACCUUCUCGACCGUGGUGGUGACCAAGUGAUGCCCGACUCCAAGGGCUCAACGCCUCUGCAUGAUCCAGCAGAGGAAGGGCAUUGUGAGGCUGUAAGACUUCUGCUGUCCAAGGGUGUUGAUGUGGAUGCAAUCAGUUCUUGUGGGACACCUCUGCACAUGGCUGCCUCCAGGGACCAGGAUCAGACUCUGAAGAUCCUGCUGGAGCAUUGUGCUGAUCCCAACAAAGUUGUCCUUCAGUACUUUCCACCACUCCUCAUGGCAUGCCGUGGGCGUUCCUUAAUAUGCAUGAAGCUACUGGUUGAGGCUGGUGCUAAUGUGAACUUUAUAAGUCCCGGUGGUCCAAUCAUUUUAAUGGAGGCUAUUAAUUAUGGCUUAAUUGAGAUUGUCAAUUUCUUGUUAGAGACUGGAGCUGACCCUAACAUUCCUGAUGAGAAUGGCAGACUCCCAAUCAUGCUACCAGCUACUCGUGAGAAACGUGAGCUUGUCGAGAUUCUACUUCCUCAGACAAAGCCAAUUCCAUCUGUGCCAGACUGGACUGUUGAUGGGAUUAUCAGAGCUAUGAAAUUGAUACAGUCGUCCGAGCCUCAGGAGUUGGUGGAAAAACGAUUAGCUGAUGCCAAGUCACAAGGAAAGGAAGCGUUUGCAGAUGGGCGCUAUGUGGCUGCCGCCUACUACUAUAUGCAGGCAAAAGAGAUUGAUCCGCAUGACGCCACCGUAUUCUCCAACCUGAGCCUAUGCUGGUUGCGGCUGAGAGAAGGGGAACAAGCUUUGGCAUACGCUCGGCAAUGCAAAGCGUUGCGUCCUGAUUGGUCCAAGGCAUGGUACCGUGAGGGCAUGGCUCUCAGCUUCCUCGAGGACUACAAUAGAGCGGUCAAUGCGCUCCAUGAAGCGCUGAAACUUGACCCUGCAAGCAACGAGAUCAAGGAAGCAUUAAGAGAGGCCGUGGAGGCACACUUGAACUCCUUGUUCAAUGGAGAGGACCCCUGA